AGGUAACGUUGAUUGUACAAAAAUACAAUUUCAUGUAGUCUAGCUUCUAUUUGCGAAGCUUUAAUCAGUGCGAUUCAAGCUGAAAGGCCGACAGGACCGUUAAAGACUUUGGCUGGGGAGAUUAACGUUAUAUAACGUGCUGACCAUGGAGGACAGACCGUCCUCCCCGAUGCUACACCUGAACCUCAACAACUUUGAUACCGGCGACGCCGAAGGCAGCAGAUACGUUUUGACGAGCCCAAGAUCUCUGGAAGCAUGUGCAAAACUUGGGGUCAAACCGGUACAACUUUUGCAUAAAUCGUUGGCCAGUUACGUCGAGGACCACCGGAACGUUUCAUUAGGGGAAGUAACUUUAAUGUACGAAAUGAAUGAGAAAGAGCGGCGGAGGCUUUUGCGCCGGUGUCGUGAGGAGAGGGAGAAGAUCAUUGUACAAGGCAAGGAACACAAAAGGUCAAGGAAAUACGAUGCAGUUGAGGCUGCAGAGACCAGCAGUGAAUCAUCGGCCGAUGAAGACAUGGCUGAGCGCAAGUCCUUCAAAACAGAGGGCGCGACUACAAACACUAGCCCACGGCAGCCCACCGUGGCCGACCUCAGACACACGCCUGCCACCGAGAGGAAACUGGCCAUGCUGCAGAGGGAGAUUCGGAAGGCGAUGAGCGUCACGGUGCCGGAGAAAGACCGCAAGAUCGCGGCGCUGAUGCUGGCGAAGCACGAAGAGGAGCAGGCGCGCCUGCGCCAGAGCCAGCGCGCGGAGGAGCAGCGCCAGGAGGCGCGGGCGCGGGAGCAGUCGCAGCGGCUGCGGGCGGAGCGGCAGCGCCGUAAGGAGGUGGAGCAGGGCUCGCGGAGGUGGAAGACGGGACUGGAGGCCCGCCGACGGCAGCGGGAGCGAGAGGAGGCGCUCAGGGCGGAAGUGCUCGAGCAGGAGGUGGGCCUGGAGGAGGAGCGGUGGAGACGCACAGCGCAGGAGCAGAGCGCCCAGCGACGGGAGAAGCAGGAGGCCGCGAGGAGGGAGGCGCAGGAGCGGAAACUCUGGCAGGAGCGCCUCCUGCGGGAGCGGGAGAGGGAGGUGCAGGAGAGCCGGGAGAGGGAGAGCUGGGUGGCGGGAGAGAAGGAGGCGCGGGCGAGCAGGAGCCGCGUGGCCCGGGAGAGGAGUGAGCAGAGGAGGCUGCAGCAGGAGAACCAGAGGCAGCAGCUCCGGCACCUCCUGCUGAAGCAGGCCGCCAGCGAGGAGGCGCAGGCCGAGGAGGCGGCCACCAGGAGCGCCAUGGAGCACAGGCUGCACCGCUCCCGCCAAAACCGCCAGCAGGCCGCCGCCGCCCAGCUCCAGGAGCUGAGGGAGCGAUCGGAGCGCGAGGAGGUGCAGAGAGAGGAGGCGCGGGGGCGGGCCGGCCGGCAGGAGCAGCAGGAGCGGUGGGAGAAGGAGGCGCUGGUUCGGCUGAGCGAGGAGAGAAUGGAACGUGCCGUGAGGACGGCCCGGGAGCAGCUGGAGCAGCGGGCUAGGGAGGCGCAGCGGGCCAGCCAGGAGAAGGAGCGAUCGCACCGCCUGCUCCUGCAGAGGAGGCGGCAGGAGGAGGAGGCGCUGCAGCUGCAGAGGGAGGGAGGCCUGGCCCGGAAGGAGGGCCGGCGGGAGCAGCUCCGCAGGGAGCGGGAGGAGGUGCUGAGGGAGGCGCGCAGGGUGGCCAGCGCCUCCUUCCACAUGCGGGAGAGAGUGAGGGAGCACACCCAGAGCAGGGCCUUCCACCGCAUGGACCAGGAGGCUCAGCUGUGCGCCAGCCUCGACCGCAUUCAGCUCUGAGACAGAACCAGUCCCCUCCCGGUCCA